AUGGCCACGUCGCCGCCGUCACCCGCCGAUACUCCCGAGACGGUGACCCCCGUGGCGGCUGUGGUAGAAUGGGCUGGACAGGAUGGUCAGCCGAGCUAUCUAAGCGACUCCAGCUCCAACCCCGUGACCGUUACAAUUGAUCUCCAUCGCUCCUCCAAGACCGCCCUGCUCAAAAUCCGAAUCCAGCUCGAGCUCCGCAAACCCGUGUCCGGGAAGACGAGUCUCUGCCUGUAUAUCCCUCCGGAGCGAAUCCACUCCGCUGCCCUCGACUCUAGUGAGCUGUCGACAGAGUCCAGACGGCUCCAGGACCAUAAGUUGGUGUGCGUGCGGCUGGAACUCUCCAGCGCAGCCGACCUCGUGGCGCCUGACUGGCCUCUACGUCCAAACAACAAAGUCCACGGUGCCAUGUUGGACUCCGCUCAAAUCCUCGCCCAACAAACUUCUUUCACUCUACAUGUUCCAGAUAUUGUCUUGGAUAAGGCUCAGCUGGAGUGGCUGUGCGAAUCAUUAUCCCGGCACGAGCUACGCUCAGGCGGGUUGGCUACGGAUGGCGGUGGUGCCUACGAGGGCCAAAAUGGCAGGAUUAUCAGCCCUGAGCUGUUUGCUCCUCGUGAUGGAGCUACAGCCCAAGCUCCCCCGUCCUACGACGACCUUGAAGGUCCGCCGCCGCCACCACCAAUUGUGCCUCCUGGCCACGAGUCCGAGGCUGCUUCUGGUUCCAAGAAAAGGAAGCUCAGCAGCUCCGCUACCGAGGGCGUAGAAAUCGGGUUCAUUGAGAGAAUUUGCAGCAAAAUCUUCACGGAGCAGCUGGGACAGAUGGAAUCACGCAUGAAAGAAUGGGUCGACCAGCGAUUGACCGAGCAAGAGAAGAAGUACGAGGACAGGCUAGAUAAGCUUGAAGACCAAAUCCAAGAUAUAGAGCGCCACGUGGACGAUCGAGUGUGGCUGGAGGUGGAUGACCUUCGGACUGGGAUACAGGACGACUUUGACCAGCUGAGGACUGAGACGGAAGACUUCAUCCGAGAGGAGAAUAGGAAUGCCGUGGAUGUCAUCAGGAAGCAGCUGUCGGAGAGCGAUGUAAAUAUCGUCGGAGGAAGGUUAGAAAUAACAUGA